UUGUGUACAUUCUCUACAUAAUUCUCCUUUCGCCCAUCCUUUCCCUACAUACGUUCUCUACUUUCUUAUUUUUGACUGGCAGUUGAUUUCUGCACUUCCUGUGCUACCUUCCUUUUCGCACUCUGUACGCCUAGAGGGCUACUUUUCAUUCUUUUUCGUCCCAAACGUCGAUCGUUUUCGAAGAAAACCUCGGUUCCUAAAACCUCUGGUUUCUCUAAUCCUUCAAAGUCCUCGGGACUUACCUUCUCUAACCGCGCAAUUGCUUGACCGAACGUAGUGACAAUGCCUACCUCAUCCCUACUAUGGAGCGUAGGGUCGCUCGCUCUUUCAUCGAUGAUUUUGCCAGCCGCGGCCAGCGGUUAUCAACUUGUGGAAACCUGGAAGGGUGAGGAUUUCCUGACGGCUUUCGACUUUUACACAGGCGCGGACCCCACGAAUGGAUUCGUCACGUAUGCGAAUCAAAGCUACGCCGAGAGCAAGGGGCUGGUCAAGGUCAACUCGAAUGGUACCUUCUACAUGGGUGUCGACCAUACCACGAAGCUGAGCACCAACGGUCCUGGCCGGGAGUCGGUCCGCAUUGGAAGCAACAAGUAUUAUGACGAGGGUCUAUUCAUCAUCGACCUCGAGCACAUGCCCGGAAGUGUCUGCGGUACCUGGCCCGCCUUUUGGUCCACAGGCAAAGACUGGCCUACGGACGGUGAGAUCGAUAUCAUUGAAGGUGUCAAUAAGAACGAAGCCAACGAGAUCGUCCUGCAUACGAGCGGUACCUGCCAAGUUUCCAGCCAGAAGAUGACCGGCACACUUUCCUCUACGGAGUGUGGUGAAGACGCUGGUACUACUGGAUGCGUUGUUGAAGGUACUAAAGGUUCUUCUGGCACUCCGUUCAACGAGAACGGUGGCGGUGUCUACGCUAUGCAGUGGACAGAUGAGUUCCUCAAGUUCUGGUUCUUCCCCCGUGGCUCAAUCCCCACCUCUAUCACCAAAGGCGACCCCGAUGUCGCUGCUUUCGGCACUCCAAUGGCGCACAUGCAGGGCUCAUGCAGCAUCGCCGAACACUUCAAAGCCCAGCAGUUCAUCUUCGACACCACAUUCUGUGGUGACUGGGCUGGCGGAGUUUACAGCGCCUCCGGCUGUCCUGUGAGCGAUAGCAGCAGUUCCUUCAAGAGCUGCGUUGCUUAUGUCGCCGAGAACCCAGCGGCUUUCGCCGAGUCCUACUGGGAGAUUAACUACAUCAAGAUUUACCAGACUGGCAUCGCAGCCUCCGCUUCUGCUUCUGCUUCCCGGGUCGAAUCUGCAGCCACUGUGGUUGAGACCGUCUCGUCUGUUAAGGAAGUCACCAACUCCGUUGUUGCGACCACUGCCGCUGCUACUACUGUUGCCGCCACCGCUGAUGCCGAGACUGCUACAACCACGACAAUGGCUGAAACCACCACCACCGCCGCCGCAGCAACCGAGAGCUCUGUCGCUGAUGAGAACGGCUCUUCUGCAUCGACGUCCACCCGCUAUGUUACUCUGACCACCACUAUCUGCCCGAUUGCUGAGAGCUCCUCUGCUGCGGCCGCUCUGGCUGGCGGAAGCUCCGAGGCUACCGAGGGUAGCAACAGCGUGGGCAGUUCUGCGACUGCAACACCAACUAGCGUCACUGGCGCUAGCGCUGAGUCUAAUGGUAGUGAGGGCUCUUCUGCCGCUGCAACUACCCCGUCGGCUGCUACUGGUGCAAGCGCGGAAGCAAAUGGUAGCGAGAGCUCAUCAGCCUCUGAAGCUGGCAGUGUUGCUUCUGGAACACCAUCUGAUAUCAGCACCACCGGUGCGAGUGCCGAAGCUAAUGGCAGCGAGGACUCCUCUGCUUCUUCCGAGACUAAAGCUGUCACUUCUGCCACCCCAUCCAGCGUCACUGGUGCAAGCGCCGAGGCGAAUGGUAACGACAGCGCCUCUUCGAACGCUGCUACCACAUCCAAUGUGAGCGGCGCAAGCACACAAGCCGGUGAUGAUGAGAGCUCCCCUGCAUCUGCUGUCGUUAAUGCCGGUUCUUCUGCUACGCCUGCCUCCGUUAGUGGUGCAAGUGCGGAAGCCAAUGGCAGUGAACAAAGCGCUGCUGCAGCUACUUCAAGUGUCAGUGGGGCAAGUGCUGUGGCUAAUGGUAGCGAGGGAAGCUCCAGCCAGGUGUCGGGGUCCCAGGCCGGAUCUGACUCCUAUGGCUCUGUCCCCUCAAAUGCUGCUGCGUAUGGCAGACCUGCCCCCAGCUCGUCCAGCCAUGCAUUUGCCACUGCACCCUCUUCUAGCGGAUCAAUCCGUAAGCCAACCUCAGCUGCCGCUCCCAACAAUGCUGCCGCUGCUACCCAGGGCAGCUCUGCUUCCGGAUCUAAGUCCGGCCACUCUGGCUCCGGUUCUUCGUCCGCUACUACCCCCUCAACACCUGUCUUCACUGGUGGAGCAAACAAGUUGACUCUUGGUGCCUCCAGCGUUGUCGGUGUCCUUGCUUUUGCUCUGUUGGCUUAGCGGGUGAUUUUGGUCUCUUGUGAACUACCCACAUCCAUUCUGCUUCUUUCACAUCUCGUAGGGAGAGACUUUGUUUGCAACCUACUGUUUUUCUAUGUACUAUAGGCUGGUUGCCUUGCUUGAAGCAUUCCACUUGCCAUCCUGGGCCACACCCUUCGAUCGCGUUCGAUAUCCGCCUUCUUUCGGCUAUACUUUGAGAUUCCGAGCUUAGAUAGUUAAUCAAAUAGAAC